UUAUCUUCAAAUUAUUUCGUAUCAAAAAUACUUCAUUUAAUUUGACUUAACGUCGAGGCCAUUGAUAAGUGAAAGUUUUGUUUCUUAUAUUAGUCAAAAGUUUCCAAUAUGAAUUCACUAUGUUAACAAUUGCAUUACAUUCAACCAAUUCUUCAGUAGUAUCCUGUAAAUUAAAUUAUCACUUUUAACGUAAUAUUUAAAAGAAUGAAACUGUCAGUGUGAUAUAAAUCAUGAAAAUGUAUUCCUGUUGGUUGAUAUGGUUAUUCAUCGGAUUUGUUGUGGGAGUCAAUCAUGCAAUUCAAGAUCAAAUGAAUGUUUCAACUGUUGUAACUGAACCAUAUAUUCAUUCUUCAGGAACUAAUUCAAAAGCAUCUAGUUCAUCAUGUUUGAAAGGAUUUAAAUCGAAUGAGCUCAACGUCUUCUUAGUUUUUGCCCGUAUAGUAACUCCAGUUGUUUUUGGCCUGAUUCUAAUUAUUGGAUUUGUUGGUAAUCUAUUUGUGAUGAUCGUUGUCCUAGCCAACGCUCAAAUGCGUAAUACAACAAAUAUUUUAAUUUUCUCAUUAGCAGUAGCUGAUAUGGCAUUUAUUGUAAUUUGUGUUCCAUCUGCAGCGAUAGUCUAUGUGGCUGGUAAAUGGCCAUUGGGAUUAUCAUUGUGCCGCAUUUAUUAUUAUUCUUCAUAUGUCUCCGUGUAUUGCAGUGUUUACACCUUAGUAUUGAUGAGUUUGGAUCGCUUUGUGGCUGUAGUCUAUCCCAUUCAAUGUAUGCAUAUUCGUACACAGAAGAACACUACUAUUGCAGUAUUUAUUACUUGGACCGUAGUGCUGGUUACAAACAUACCCUUAUUUAUUGGUGCAAUUUUAGUAAAAGGCCCACCGGAAGGGGGUGAAAGUUCUUGUGUUACGGAAUAUUGUACAUAUUCAUGGUUAGUCAAUUUUGAUGCACAAACAAAUAUCGCAAGAGAUAACCGACAGGGCGGACAAAUGUUUUUUCUCCUUUUCUUUCUGUUUGGAUAUUUAUUCCCAUUUGUUGUAAUCUGCUUGUUAUAUAUAUGUCUAAUAUUGAGACUACGUCGCGGUCCAUCUUCAAAAAUGGCACGUUCAGCAGAGGCACAACGUUCAAAGAGACGAGUUACACGCUUAGUUGUGACUGUAGUCAUUGUUUUUGGUAUUAGUUGGUUACCUAUUCAUGCUAUCUUUUUAAUACAAUAUUAUGCAAAAGACCCGGAAACAGAUUUAUUUAGAAUAAUACAAAUAUUAGGAAAUUGUUUGGCUUACGGAAACAGUAGUAUCAAUCCAAUUCUGUAUGCAUUUUUAUCUGAAAAAUUUCGAACUGGAUUUUUAAAACUUAUUUGCAGUCGUAAGUCAAAUCCUAGAGAGGGAAGACUUAAAGAGAAAUGUUUUGACAAUGAAACAGCUGCUUGAUAAAAGAAAGAGAUAUUAAUUUAGUGGUCUUAAGUGGGGGG